UUUCACCACUUUCGUCAUCCUCUUUCUAUCCUAAUCUUUCCUUCCAAAACUCCAUUGGAAGAUAACAGAUAAAGCUUUCGUUUUUUCGUCUGCAAUUCACCCCGAUACUUUCUUGUAUUCUUUUGGUACAAGCAAGCCCACCACCCACCCGCUCAUCCUUACGUCUAACCCACAAUCACGCCCACAAAUUCAUCAUCGCUUCUCAAUUAACACAAUUUUAAUCAUUAUUGUUAUCCGCAGCUGCUACGAACCAGUUUUUGAUACAUACAGGUUUUGCUCAUACUGCGGAGAUUUGGAAUUUCCUUUUUGUGUUAAUUUUCGCUAUGUUCUGUUAGGAACAAAUGGAAAAGGGAAUGGAAGGGUGCUAUGUAUGAUGUCGUUGCAUAUACGGUAGGGUGAUUUGAUAGGGGAUAAUGGCAUUAGUAACCCACCAGGUUCAGGGUUCAUAUGCUCCUCCAAGACCCUUAUCUUUGAAGAGAGGGAUUGAACCAAAGAAAUUUUUAGCAGCAUUUCCAAUUGUUAGGAGAGCAGAUAUUAUUUUAUUGAAGCAUAGAUCUUAUCUAUGUGUAAAGGCGCCUCUAUCAAAGAGGAAAUCACUAAAAAUAUCAUCCUUUAAAGGUAACGUCCAGAACGAUGAAUCAGGUGGCAGAGAAAAUGGGUCGAAAUCCAUUAAGAAUCCCGUCAAACUUUCCUAUGUUCCCCAGGAUCGCAAAGAAACCUUGGCUGAAUCACCAAAGGUGAAGAACAAUCAUGCUACUCCUACCUCUAAUGUCGAUGAGACAACGGCAGGGUCUCUAGCCAUACAAUAUCUAUUUAAAAGUUGGUUGACGUUAUUACGCACGCCACCACCACCACCACCACCAUCGAGUCAAGUACCCAAUGAUGGUCCAUUGGAAGAGCCAUCUUUGAACGAAAAAGUGGAAACGGACCACAAGAUACAAAACAGUGGAAGAGGUGUGAUUUUGAAGGCGUUUUCGGGCAGCUUAAUGGGUCUGGAUGCAGCGAUAAAGAUACCUGCAAUGAUCUUUAUACCCAUGUAUCUAGCAGUGAAUAUGAAGUAUGGACCGGAAGUCGCCAAGGAACUGACUCCUUUGUGGAUAUGCGGACCGCUGCUGGUUGCACUUUAUAUCAAAAUCGUUCAAGGGCUAUGCUUACUUUACAUUUAUAGCUUCAAGCAGUCGGUCAAAGUGGUAAACAACUUCCCUGUUUAUUAUGAUUUCGUUGUUAGCGGAAAGCUUGAAGAAACUAUAAACGCUCGUUUAUGGAAACCUGUGGCCGAUUUUAGGAACUUAGGCUUUAAAGGGAUAUGGAAACACGUUCAAGAAUGGAUCGUCGACAAGUAUUUGGACUACAUCGAGUCGAUAUGGCCGAGAUAUUGCAAAUUGCUGAGGUUUCUGAAGAGGGCCAAUUUUAUCUAGGAUUUUGGAAGAACCAAUUUCCUUUUAAUCCUCUUUUUCAUUCAUGUAAUGUGUUCCAAUAGGGCAGCUUUGAGGCAAAAGUGGUAGGAAAACCCCAGAUUUUGAAUUGGAGUUCAUAUCAUUCUUGAGGAUUACAAGCAAAAAAACAGGUUGGAUUUUGUAUCUUUAAAUACAUUGUAUUUGAGUUCUUAUUCUCAGUUCUUGAGAUUAACCAUUUUUUACACAAA